AUGUCAACUGAAGUUCAUAGUAUAACAGAUAUUUAUAAACCUAGUAAACAAUCAACAUUAACAAAAUUAAGGAAAGCACAAUCAACUUCAAAACUACGAUCACAAAGUAAUUUUUUUAAUAAUAAUACAAUAAAUAUAAGUACUGGAAGCAGUAGUAAUAUUUCAACAAAUAAUCAACAUCAUAAUAUUAAUCAUCAUCAUCAUUCAUUUAUUCCUUUGAAAAAGAAGAAGAAGAAUAAUCCGAUAACUUCAUAUUCAUCUAUAAUUAAUAAUAAUAAUAAUAAUAAUAAUAAUAAUAGUAAUAAUAGUAAUACAACCACUAAACCUAUUCAACAAAAGAAAAAACUGAAUACAAUCACAAAUACCGGGACCACAACCACAACUUCAUCAACACCAGGAUUUUUUAAAAAAAUUUCAAACGAGUGGAGUUCAUUUUUAAAUAAAAUAAAAUCAAUAUCUGAAGAAGUUUUCAAUGUUGAUGAUUUAAUUGAUGAUUUAUUUAUAAAUUCAGAAAUUGAAGAUUCAUCAGAUUUAUCAUAUUCGUCAUUUGAUAAACUUAUAAAUAAAAAUUAUAAUAGUUAUAAUAAUUCAACUGAAGAAAAAUUUUUACAAGAUUAUAAAAAAUUUAAAAAUUUAGAUAAUAUGUAUACUUAUUAUAAUCAACCACAUUCUUCACCACCACGACACUCACCACCACCACAACAACAACAAGGAUUAAAUGAUGUUGGAAGUUCUACUACUGUUGUAUCUGAUCAACAAAGUUUUAAUAUAAGAUCAACAUUACAAGAUGUUAUACGACAUCAUCAAAAUCAAUAUAUGAAUACUCAAGACAAUUAUUUAAAUUUAAAUAAUAUAUCAUCAGAUUCAGAUUCAAUAGACGAUAUGGAAAGAGAAGACUCAGAUAAUGAAGAUGAAGAUUUAAUAACAGCAACUGGUUCUUCAAAUCAUAAUGAUAUACAAUUUAAUGAUAUUGAUUUUACUUUAUUACGAGCAGAAUUUGAAACAGUGAUAUCACAACCACAACAACAACAAUCAAUAGACAAAUCAAUCAUAUCGAACAAUCUCCUAAAUCAAAUCAACGUUGGAUCAACAUUAUGGAACUAUAGAAGAUCAAAAUGGUUAAUUCCCAAUAAAUCACCAAAAGAUAUUGAAGAACAUUUAAAAAAUUCAUCAAUUGCAUAUAUUCCAAAAGAUCAAUAUUAUAAAAUUUAUUUAUUUUUAAUUGAUAAAAAUAAACAAUUGAAAUCUAAAAAAUAUUUAAAUUUAAAAGACUUAAUUAAAAUUAUACAUAUUGGUUGGAUAGCUGAAAAACGAUGGGAACAAUAG